AUGCAUCGGUCUUCCAAUUACUCAUAUCAACAAACCUCGAGCUCGAGGAGCUCCAACCACGGCACCAGCAGCGCUUUCAGUCCUAAUGCCAACCCCAAUGAGGACUGGACCAAGAUCUCAGACCUUGCAGAGCGUCGCCGGAUACAGAAUCGCAUUGCUCAGAGAAACUACCGCAAGAAGCUAAAGCGCCGCCUCGAAGACUUGGAGAAGAGAGCCGCAACUGCUUCGACAUCUCCAGAACGGUCACACGAGGGUUCGGAGUCGCCGAAGGCGGUGGUGCACACUGUCAAGUCCCGCACCAAACAGGCUCGCACAACCAAGUCUAGCUCAGAUGCAACCCGUCACACCUCCGCGCAACGAGGCUCUUCCUAUGACAGCCACUCCACCCAGGAAGAUCGCGGAUCGUCGAUGUUCUCCCAGCAAUGCACUCGACAGCUCUCAGCCUCGCCGCCUCCCGUGUUCUCUUACCCCUCAUACUCCCACUUGGAAUCCUAUGGUCACCAUUCGUACGGACAGCCACCUUCCUACCACUCUCUCAACAACCACUACAAUGAUCUGCCAUACGGAGAGUACGGAACAACGCUGCCUUCGAUCCUGCCUGGUCCGAUACUCGGAUCGGGCGCAAAGAAGCACCACUCGUACGCCGAUGACGAGAUUGUCAGCCCCUUCAGUAUGAGCUAUGCAUCCAUGGCUGGCAUUGAUCUGGGUCCGACACCGCAACACCUUCCAGAGCACAACAUUCCUAUGCCACCUUUGUCUUCAGUCUACAGCGAUGAUCAUUCCUCCCCUUCCACCCCAGCAGAGCCUCUACUAGGUUGUCCUCUUACACCGAAGUCGGACCCGUGUUCCCCCCACUCAUACUCGCUGUUCUGA